UUCUCAAAUUCUAUCUCUCUCACCAACAUUCUCCUAGUAUUCAACUCUUGAAGCUCUCCAAAGGGCAAGAAUUCAUUGUUCUCUCCGGAUACACAAACUCUGGGUUCGAGAGAGUUGAGAGAAUUAGGAAAGCAAAAACUAUGGAGAUUCAACACAGCAAACACGAGUCAUGGUCCGAUACAGAAAGCACGAGCAGCACCAGGGUCGGCUACAGUGGUCCAUUGAGCGGGCCGAUAUUGAUGAACAACAAGAAAAGCAGCAGCAAGAAAAGUGCAAGGUUCAAGGAUGGUGACGACGAGUACGUGGAAAUCACUCUAGACAUCCGGGAAGACUCGGUGUCUGUCCAGAACAUCAAGGGAGGUGAUCCAGAGACGGCAAUGUUAGCAACCAGGUUGGAGAAAAGGCCUUCAUUCGGAUCCCAGCUUUCGUUCCGAAUCAGGCAAGUCUCUCAGGAACUAAAGCGGAUGACAUCGACCAAGGCUGCUGCACCGUUCAACAAGGUCGACAGGAGCAAGUCCGGAGCUGCUCGUGCCCUUCAGGGCCUGAAGUUUAUGACCACCAAGAACGUAGGAAGUGAAGGCUGGUCCGAGGUCGAAAAACGGUUCGAUGAACUGUCUGUCGAUGGCUCACUCCUCAAAUCUCUCUUCGGCCAAUGCAUAGGAAUGAAUGAAUCCAAAGAGUUUGCCAGUGAACUCUUCGAGGCCCUGGCUAGACGGAGAGGGAUAACAUCAUCAGCAAUAAGCAAAGCUGAGCUGAGGGAAUUCUGGGAACAAAUCUCUGAUCAUGGCUUUGAUGCUAGGCUGCAAACCUUCUUUGACAUGGUUGACAAAGAUGCUGAUGGAAGGAUCACGGAAGAAGAAGUGAAAGAGAUUAUUGCAUUGAGUGCUAGUGCUAACAAGCUGUCAAAAAUCCAAGAAUCUGCUGAGGAAUAUGCAGCCCUAAUCAUGGAAGAACUGGACAAAGACAACCUUGGCUACAUUGAGAUAUACAAUUUGGAAACACUGCUUCUCCAAGCACCAAGCCAGUCAACCAACCUGGUGACAGAUAGCCGCAUUCUGAGCAGGCUGUUGAGUGAAAAAUUGGUGCCAACAAAAGAGAGAAACCCCAUCAAAAGAUGGGGCAGGGGUCUUGCUUACUUCCUGGAGGACAAUUGGAAAAGGAUAUGGGUCCUGGCCCUGUGGAUCUCAAUCUGUGCAGGCCUGUUCACUUGGAAAUUCAUCCAAUACAAACAUCGGGCCGUGUUUGAUGUGAUGGGCUACUGUGUUACCACAGCCAAAGGUGCAGCUGAGACAACUAAAUUCAACAUGGCCCUUAUCCUCCUUCCAGUGUGUAGGAAUACCAUUACUUGGCUUAGAAGCAGGACCAAGUUAGGGGUGGUUGUCCCAUUUGAUGACAACAUCAAUUUUCACAAGGUGGUUGCUUUGGGGAUUGCUAUUGGAGUUGGCCUGCAUGCUGGUGCUCAUCUUACAUGCGACUUCCCUAGACUUCUCCAUGCCACUGAUGAAGAAUAUGAGCCAAUGAAGCCAUUCUUCGGGGAAAAACGGCCUAACAACUACUGGUGGUUCGUGAAAGGCACCGAGGGCUGGACUGGUGUAGCCAUGGUGGUGCUCAUGGCCAUAGCCUACAUACUAGCUCAGCCCUGGUUCCGCCGCAACCGGCUAAACCUCCCCAAACCCAUAAAGAAGCUCACCGGAUUCAAUGCCUUCUGGUACUCACAUCAUCUGUUUGUUAUUGUCUAUGCCCUCUUCAUUGUUCAUGGAUAUUUCCUCUACCUCUCCAAGAAAUGGUACAAAAAGACAACAUGGAUGUAUCUAGCAGUUCCAAUGCUACUAUACGCGUGUGAACGCCUGAUUCGUGCAUUCAGGUCUGGCUAUAAGUCAGUGAAGAUCUUGAAGGUUGCUGUGUACCCUGGAAAUGUACUCUCCCUGCAUAUGUCUAAGCCUCAAGGAUUUAAGUACACCAGUGGCCAAUACAUCUUUGUGAACUGUGCAGCAGUCUCCCCAUUCCAAUGGCAUCCCUUCUCCAUCACUUCAUCCCCUGCAGAUGACUAUUUGAGUAUUCACAUCCGAACCUUAGGAGACUGGACAUCCCAGCUCAAGGCCCUUUUUGUAAAGGUCUGUCAGCCUCCAUCAGUUAAUCAAAGUGGCCUCCUGAGAGCAGAUGUUGGCAAAGGAGAAAACAAGCCUAGGUUGCCUAAACUCUUGAUCGAUGGCCCCUACGGAGCUCCAGCACAGGACUAUAAAAAAUAUGAUGUGCUUCUCCUAGUAGGACUCGGCAUUGGAGCCACUCCGUUGAUCAGCAUAGUCAAAGACGUGCUGAACAACAUCAAGCAACAGAAGGAAAUGGAGGAAGGGAUAGAGAAUGGAGUUAAGAACAACAAGAGGAAGCCCUUCGCCACCAAACGAGCUUAUUUCUACUGGGUCACUCGCGAGCAAGGCUCGUUCGAGUGGUUCAGAGGGGUGAUGAACGAGGUGGCUGAGUAUGACAGGGAUAGGAUGAUCGAGCUCCACAAUUACUGCACCAGUGUGUUCGAAGAAGGGGAUGCUAGAUCAGCUUUGAUCACCAUGCUUCAGUCCCUCCACCAUGCCAAGAGUGGGGUUGACAUUGUAUCAGGAACCCGUGUGAAGACACAUUUUGCCAGGCCGAAUUGGCACAAGGUUUUCAAGCAUGUUGCUGUUAACCACGCUAAUCAAAGAGUCGGAGUAUUUUACUGUGGAGCACCUGGAUUAACAGGGGAGCUAAGGAGGCUAGCUCAAGACUUUUCAAGGAAAACCAGUACCAAAUUUGAUUUCCACAAAGAGAACUUUUAAAAAUUUUUGUCUUUACAUUUUUUUAUUUUUCCAUAAAAAAAAUGUAAUAUAGUAGUAUAUAAUUUAUG